GAGUGAGAAGCUUAAAAACGCUUCUCCGAUUUAAAACUCCGUCAUGGAUGUCCUGAAAUCAGCCAGAAGAGCUUUAAUACGCACCCCAGGUCUGAGCAAACACCCGUGGAGCUCAGGCAAACACCAAAAGCUUUCUGAGAACUGGACCGACACCAGGGAGACUCUUCUGGAAGGAAUGACAUUUAACCUCCGUUACCUGGGAAUGACGCUAGUGGACCAGCCCAAAGGCGAGGAGCUCUCAGCAGCUGCUGUUAAAAGGGUUGUUGCCACGGCUAAAGCCAGUGGGAAGAAACUGCCUAAAGUGGUUCUGAAAGUAUCUCCUCAGGGUAUCGUCUUGUGUGACCGUGUGUCUAAUCAACUCAUCGAGAACAUUUCCAUAUACAGGAUAUCAUACUGCACAGCUGAUAAGAUGCACGACAAAGUAUUUGCUUUCAUCGCACAGAACCAACAAAAUGAGACGCUGGAGUGCCACGCGCUCCUCUGUGCCAAGCGGAAAGUUGCUCAGGCUGUAACCCUCACAGUUGCUCAGGCUUUCAGAGUGGCCUUUGAGUUCUGGGAAGUUGCAAAAGAAGAGAGGGAACACCGUGUAAAGUGGGAUUCAGCUGGGGAGAUGUCCAAUAGCUCUCAUUUGGAGAUAUCAGCCGGUCUGACCAGUCUGAAAGGAGCAGCUGUAGCUACAGGGAACCUGUUGGACGUUGAUGAUUACACAAGUGUUGUGGUGGAAAACAUGGACAACCACAUUGAAAGCAACAAUAACAACCACAACACCCUAUGGGAUAUGGAUGAUGGUCUGGAAGAGGCUUUUUCAAGCUGCAGUUUGGAUAGUUAUGAAUACUCUCCAGACUCGCUGAGUCUCGUACUAACCCCCAGGUUCUGGACAUUGGGUUGACGCCUCAAGAUUGGAAUUCUAAUUCUGAUUGGGACAAGACCAAUGAAAGCGCACCCAAUGCUGAUGAGCUCUUCGGCAUUUAAGCACUGAUGGGUUUGUGGGGUGGAAGCGAGCCCAAGAUCCUUGCACAGAAGUCUGCUGUGGUGCACACACAGCGAUCAGUGGAAAGAGGGACCAACAGGUCUGAUAUCUUUCACACCAAAGCAAUAGUAGACACGUCUAAAUGUCUACCCGAGUUUACAUGCUUUAUUUUUAUCAAUCAAUUUGUAUACAGAAUAUCGUAUGUAGGUGCCGGAGUCAGUAUUGUAUUCAUGUAUUAAAAGAAAAGAGUUUAUUAAGAAAGUAUAAAGAUGCACAUUUUAAUGAAUUAACCCUGUAGUAUGCUGCUUUGAGAUUAUUACCACAAUGAUAACAUGGACAUCAGCUUUACAGUACACCUGAUGUCUUUAACUUUCUAAACCGCACAUGAGUAUUUAAGUAUUCACAUCAGUAUUUUAAUGUUGUAACACCUAAGGGUGCCAUGUAAUAUUUCUCUAUAAAUCUAAUAAAAGUCUUAAUAUUAGUAA